AUGAGGGGACUGGGAGCGGCAGUGGUAGUGUUGCAGUUGGUUGAGGGGAGUGGGCGCGGCAGUGGUACGUGUUGUAGUAGGUUGAGGGGAGUGGGCGCGGCAGUGGUUGAGGGGACUGGGAGCGGCAGUGGUAGUGUAGCAGUUGAGGGGACUGGGAGCGGCAGUGGGGAGGGGGAGGGGAAGAUGGCGACUUAUUACAAGUGUGAGUGUGGUACGAAUUGCAGGUAUCCUAAUUGUUAUUGUUGUCCCUGGUGCUGUGAUAAAUGUAACGCUAGCUGGACUUGCAGUGGAUGUUGGUUACAUUACAAUAAGCGCACUAGUGGCCUGUGGACUUACGACUGCGAAACUCAAAAAUGUGCAAAGCAAUGCAAAAACAAAGAGUAUCAAUGUAAAUGUACAUGUUGUAGAGGAAAACAAGAGCGUGGAGAAGCUGUCCGUCCCCCCGCUCCACAGCCUCCCCUUACUUCCUCCGGUGCUCAGGAUCAUGCAACCAGUGAACGGCAGCAGUCCGGUCUCUCCGAUCUACAGCCUCCAACCGACGACCUUCAUGAACAAGCCUCCACACCUUUCCGCCCUGACCCCCAAGCCAUCGCCGCCGUCAUCGUUGCCAUCAUCGUCGCCAUCAUCCUGCUCGACCUGUGCAUCUUCCGAUUCCCGGUGGGCCGCAACAUCCGCGACUUUAUCGUCCGCAAAAUACCGUUCUGCAUCGCGUUUUACAGCUGA